UUUUUGCCUGGACACCCUCAGCUGACCGAGAGAGUAAGAAAGCGCCUGUACUAUGGCUGGGAAGCCGAGUGCCCCAUGGAGAACCUGUCCAGCCCUGUGGCCGACAUCGCGGUGGAGUUGCUACAGAAAGCUGCUCCCAGCCCCAUUCGUCGCCUGCAGAAGAAGUAUGCCGUUCAUGUAUCUAGGGAAGCUUGUAUCUCCCCCUGCUCCAUGAUGCUGGCUUUGGUGUACAUAGAAAGACUUCGCCACAGGAACCCGGAGUAUUUGCAGCAAAUUUCGUCAUCCGAUCUGUUUCUCAUAUCCAUGAUGGUUGCCAGUAAGUAUCUGUACGACGAAGGUGAGGAGGAAGAGGUUUUUAAUGACGAGUGGGCAGCCGCCGGGAAACUGGACGUCCAGAUGGUGAACACUUUGGAGAUGAAUUUCCUCCGGGCGAUCGACUGGGGACUGUACACACAUCCGGGGGAAUUCUUUGAAGUGCUCCGAUGGCUGGAGGGCAGGGUUGCAGAGCAGCAAGGUAUGAAGCGUGGCUGGUUCACUUACACAGACCUCUUGGUGCUCCUGGAACAGGACCUG